GUGCACGAUAACUCUACGAAGUUAAACGCAGUCAUGGGUAAUUGUCAUACAGUUGGCCCGAAUGAAGCUUUAGUUCGCUCAGGUAAGAUAAUUUCUUAUACGAUUUCCCUUCGUCAUGAAUGAAAUGCGUGACAAUGAAUCCCAAACAUUUGAUCCUAUGUGUUGUCGAUUUCAAUGUAAGCUUACAUGUUUUGUGUUUUCAUCUUUUUCAGCGAAAUUUUAGUGGUAUUUUACAUUUCUGGGCCUAAAUCUAAAAUAAUGAAUCUUUUAAUGGCUGCAUUUAAGCGUUAUUGACCAGCUACAACCAACAAGAGCAGUGUAUAUUUCCAUGCCCCAAGAGAUUGCGAGCAUGUUCCGCAUUCUAAUCGUUUCGCUAUAAAUUUCGUGUUUUAGGUGGCUGCUGUGGAAAUGAUGCGAAAAAGACUGUAAUUGGAGGUUGGGUAUGGGCAUGGGCUUUCGUUACAGACGUGCAAACGUGAGUACAUUUACUGCUAUACACGUUAAGCACUUUAAUUCACCAAAUCGUUUUACGAUCAUCACUUCUGGUCGAUGUGAAGUUCCUACCACUCAAGCAGGUGCCUUUGCAAAUGACUUACGCAUGAUUCGUUUUGCGUGGUAAAAUUCGCUACUUUAGAACACCUUUUAACCCAGUUUGGUGAACAUGAUAAAAAAUUCAAUUCAGUUAACCUACUUAAGAGGAGGCAAACAGUUAGUUUGCAUUCCCGUCUGUUUGUAUACAAAACUUUGGAGCAUGAUUCUUUGUCUCGAGGUUUUGCUGACGUUACAUUUUCUGACUUUUUUUUGCGGAAAUUUCGCACUGUGUGACAAGAGGCACAUCUUAUGUAGUGCUUCCUUGGACUUAGAAAUAUUAUUCCAAGUAGAUCAAUGUCCGAUUGGAGACUUAUAUUGUGCUAGAUGAUUAAAAUAUUUUUUAAUGUUGUUGUAAAUCUCUGAUAUUGCACAAAGUCCAAUAUACAGUCAGCUCUUUUUUAACUCCCUAAAAUCCAAAGAGUGACCAAAUCAAUUUUCUCCUAAUAACAUCAAAACACCAGUAAGAGAAAAACGAAUCAACAAAAUGAUUAUGAAAGGGAAAGUGCUUUGAUCUUUUAUCAUCCCUGCACUAAUUAUUAAGGAGAUAAACAGCUGUAUGGAGAUCAGUCUUGAAAAUUUGUAUAUAGAUUAUUGGUUUGUUAAGGGGGUUAAUGGACAUCCCUAUAGGGUGGCAGGACUUGAAAUUAAAAAAAUCCUCAGGUCACCUUUUGGGGACCAAUUGGUGAAAAAUAUUGUUACCAGAUGCAAAUUUUUAGGGAUCGUGUCUCUUUUGUGGGGUAUUGAUCGAUGUAUUGACUGAUAUCUCGGUCGACUGUCGAUCGACAUAUCGGUCGCUAUGUCGAUCGAGAGUCGACCAAGUAUUGGCCGAGUAUUGACUGAGUCUCUGUCGAGAGUCAAUCAAUUUACCAGCCAAAUGGUGUUGUCCUGUCUAUCUAGUAUCGGUCGACAGAUCGACCACAGUCGGUUGAGAUAGCAUCAGUGGUGUGUUGGCAAUGUAUUGGUGAAUAGUCAGUCGAGUAUCGGUAAGGUAUCGGUGGUGUAUCGGUCGGCAAUCGGAAUUGCCUAGAGUCGUUCAAUAUAUUGGCCGAGUGAUGUUUUACUGUCGGUCGAGUAUCGACCAACAGGUGAUCCAUCGGCAAAGCAAUGGCCAACUAUUGACCGAUAGACUGUAGUAGUCAAAUACCGGCCAUAUAUCAGUCAAGAUGUGGCCGGCUCUUGACUGACAGUCAGCAUACUAGAUCGCCACUUGACUGAUGUAUGGAGUGACAUGUCAACGGAGGUAUCGCCGUUAUGUUGGCUAAGUGUCGGUGAUAUGUUGGUGAUCCAUUUGCGAAGUAUCGGCCGACCAUGGGCCGACUAUCAGCCACUAGAAUGUAGCGGCGAGUGUUGCCAACAUAUUGGUAGAGACUCAACCGGCUCUCGACGGAUACUCGAUGGAUUCUCAAUUGACUGUCUGUCAAGCGUCGACAGAGUCUUGACUGACAUAGCAACUGAUAUGUGGAUUGACAGUCGACCGAGAUAUUGAUUGAUACAUCAAUCGACACCCCCCAAAAGAUUCAUGAUCAAUUUUUAGUUGCUAGUUUGUAUAUUGUAAAUGACUAUCUCAAAGUAUGGUGUGAUCCAUCAGAUUUGAUUGUUUGAAAAUAUUGUGGACAGAAGUUGGUAUAAAUUUGGAGGUAAACUGGCUUUGUUUAUGCAAUUUGGCACAUUUUUCAGGGCAAAAGCAAAGCAAGAUAAGAUGAAGUGUUUGUUUUAAUUUUACUCUAUAAAUUUAAAUCUUAAUCAUAUGGUAAUCUGGUCGCCAAAGUGGUGACUAAACCAGAAUUGUUAGUUGCCAAGGAGAAAAUGUUAGUCACAUUGGUAACCACAUCAGUCGCAAUUUUGAGCCCUGGAUAGACCCCUUUCUGAAACAGACACCUACAGCAGGUACAGCCUUGCAGUCCUCUAGUCCUUUGCUCUGACUCCUUUUGAGGUGGACACCUCAAUAAGACAGACACUUGAGGCAUGAGAGCCAAAUGGCCCGGGCUUCUCCCAUUUUCUUUAGCAGCACCUUGUAGUAUAUUUUUUAAUGCUUCUGAUAGGUUGCGGAAAAAAAGAAGUCAAAUUUCACAGGAUUCUCAGAGACAGAUUCAGUUGAUUUCGCUGAAAUUUUAAGGGCUAACUCCAGCUUUGCAGCCAUGUUGUUACUCUCCCCUUGAUGGGAUGCUUAUGCAUAGCAGGUUUAACCUCAGCCGUAUGCCGAUGGUACCAAAUUCAUGCAAAGGGGAGCUAAAGUUUCUUGUCCAAGGAAGCAAUCAUCAAUCAUCAUUGUUGUGACUUAGUUUCUAAAAAUUUGCAUCAACAGACUGACCCUGGAAGUUAUGACAUUAAAUCCCAAAUGUGAAAGUGUAGAAACAGCGCAAGGUGUUGCCGUCACAGUAACAGGAGUCGCACAAGUAAAGGUCAUGACAGAAACUGAGCUGCUGAAAACUGCUUGUGAACAGUUCUUGGGAAGGACAACGGGUCAAAUUGAGAAUAUCAUUCUUCAAACCCUCGAAGGCCAUCUGAGGGCUAUCCUAGGAACGUUGUCUGUCGAGGAGAUUUAUAAAGGUGGGUGAUAAACAGGCAUUGGUAUUCAAGGUUUAGAGAACAUGCUUUACCACCAUCAGACAGUAGAUGGUAGACAUUGGACAUCAGAUAACAAGUGAUAGAAGGUUCCAACAGGAUGGAUCAUAUUGCAUUCUUUGCAUCCCAUUCAUUCUUACUGGAAUUCCAAAAUCAUAAGGAAUUUCAAGUGUCCCAAAAUAAUUAUUGCAGGCAAUCAGAGGAGCCCACGAUACUAACCUCCACAUUGCUAAUAUGCAUGCGUGGCACAUAUGUUGUCAAUAUUCAUUUUUUAAUGAAUGUUGACCACAUAUCUGCCAUACAUAUGUGUUAGCAUUGUGGAUAUUAGGAUUGCGGGCUCCUGGUCGCCUGCAGUUAUACUGGGACACUUACAGUGCAACUACGAUAACCAGGGACACUUAGACAAAGUUGACCAAUCAGAUUAGUGAAACAUACUACAUUCCAAGAAAGUUGGUUGGGGGCCAAUCAACAGCUUGUUUAAAAGCAAUAAGUUACUUGGAGCACAAAUUUACAUAUUGAUAGCAACCGUUUUUAAGAAAGCAAAAGUCUCACCAGACAAUGUACCAUAGAAUUCCGAAAAUAAGCCCCGGGGCUUAUAUUUUUCAAAGACCCUCUUUGAGGGGCUUAUUUUUGGAGGGGCUUAUAUUCGGAGGGGCUUAUCAACGGAGGAGAAUUUGCGUUUCAAAAUCGAUUGGGCUAGCCUUGUAGUUGGAAGUAAAUUUACCGUUUUUGCUUUGUAUUUGAGGGCAAUUUUCUAAGUACAAGCCCCCUAGAUGCUUAUUUGAAAGGGGCGAUUUAAUGGAGGGUUUUUUGCAUUAUCGGUUUGGGGGGGCUUAUAUUAUUUUGGAGGGGCCUAUACAUGCAGGGGCUUAUUUUCGGAAUUUUACGGUAUUUCUAUUUGAAACUUUACAUUUAACACCCAGAGACAUAUUUGUUAGACAUGUUAUCUUGUCAUCUUCAGCAAUUUCUUCACUACAAUUGCUGCGCUUUCAGUAACAUCACAAUGUCUUGUCAAAAAUAUAACUAAUGUUUACGUUUUUUGCCUCUGUCAAUACCCCAACAGACCUCUCCGGAAACAUGGGCUUUUUUUCAGCAGGUUCAAAAGGUCAUGUCUGUAAGUUGUAAUAUUGGUUGAUUUUGAUCCAUGUUGUUUAUUUCGUCUCCUAGUAAUCAUGACUGAUAACUAACUUUCUCAGAAUGUACAGUAUUGUUAUUUUUUUCUGUAAUCUGAGUGGUCAACUUUUCCUAGGUGGGCCCGGUUAUAAUAGUCGCACUGUAAGGUUGCACUGUAAGGUUUCUUUUGAUUUUACGAGAAGGACAGGCUGUCUGCUUGAUAAAAGGCUAUGAUUAUCACUUACUUUAUUCUGUAUUCAAAGAUCGUGAAGCAUUUGCUGCACUGGUUCGUGAAGUCGCAUCCCCAGAUGUUGGUAGAAUGGGAAUUGAAAUUCUCAGCUUCACAAUAAAGGACAUCAUCGACCAUGUCAGUUACCUGGACUCGCUUGGUAAAACUCAAACAGCUAAAGUGAAGAGAGAUGCUGAUAUCGGUGUGGCAGAAUCCAACCGAGAUGCUGGAAUUAGGGUAUGUCACUAGUAAAAGCAAGUCUCAUUAUAAGUACAGUCAACUCACUCUAACACGGACACCUUUGGGACCAGCACUAAGUGUCCAUCUUAGAGAGAUGUCCGUUUUAUAGAGAGUCAAAUAAAGGGAGUAAAGAAAGGCAGGGACCAACUCUUAAGUGUCCAUUUUACAGAGGUGUCCAUCUUAUAGAGGUGUCCGUUAAGAGAGAGUCGACUGUAAUGUCUUAAGGUGCAUUCCUUUGGGAUGAUCUGGAUCAUGAUCAUGAUCUAUCCUCUUUGUCUCUCUUUCAACCAGAUAAGCCCCUGCUUUGUGAGCCCCAUUGGGAUCAAUUUAGGUUUGUGGGAAACUGCCCACCUACCCCACCCCUAAGCUAACAUUAACACUUACUUCUCGCUUAGGACAGAAUGAUGGCUUAGGGGAGGGGUAGGUGGGCAGUUUCCUAGAAAAUUAAAUUGGUCCCCCCAUUGGUUCACAUUGCACCCUUUUAGAUGUAGCUUUUACAGUACAACUCCUAUUUGCUGAAUUAUUUUCAUCACAAUAGUAAUAAUAUUAUUGUUAUCAAAUAAUAAAAUUCUUUUAACAGUUAUUAAAAAACUGAGAAAAAUGAAGCAAUCCUUUUCUGUCACUUAUCACAAAAGGCAAAUUAUUGACUUGAUUGUUCUUCUCUGUGUAUUUACCAGGAGGCAGAGUGUGAGAAAGAGAAGAUGGAUGUUGCAUACCAAGCACAGACAAACAUUGCUGAUUCAUCAAGAGAAUUCCAGAUGCAGAAAGCUGCGUUUGACCAAGAAGUUAAUGCCAGGAAAGCAGAAGCAGAAUUGUCUUAUGAAUUACAGGUACAUUGUAAAACCUUGUUUUGUGUCAAAAAAGGAAGGAUUGCAUGGAAUAAGAUCUCAGGAGGGAGCUUUAGCUUCUAUGAUGGCAAUGGCAGUGAACACAUCACCUUGUUCAAUUUUUAAAUUGAUAUAGGCCAAUUUUUCUGGCGUUGAAUUUUAGAGCUGAUAAAAAGAAAUAUAAACAGAGAUUAUUUUUUGUGAUGUUUUUAAUUCUUUGUCUACAGGCUGCAAAGGAGAAACAGAAGAUCCGAGCUGAAGAAAUCCAGAUUGAUGUUGUGGAGAGAAAGAAGGAAAUAGAAGUUGAAGAGAAAGAAGUGUCCAGGAAAGACAAAGAACUGUUUGCCACUGUUAGGAGACCUGCAGAGGCUGAGAGCUACAGGGUUGAAACAAUUGCACAAGGAAAAAGGUAUGCUAUGGUAUAGGUAUGGUAGAGGUACAGUAUAGGUACAGUAUAGGUACAGUAUAGGUACGGCAUAGGUACAUUAUAGGUACGGUAUAUAGGUAUGGUAUAGGUACAGGAUAGGUACAGUAUAGGUACGGUAUAGGUACAGUAUGGUAUGGUAUAGGUAUCUGAGCUGUCUCUCAGGGCUGGGGGCCAGGGAGUUUCCUUGACUACUAUGAGCAGGACUCCCCGAUACUUUCAUAGGAAACGAGUUAAAGAAAAGUAGGCUCAAAAUAACUUCCGGGCUGUUCAAUUCUUUACCCACUAAUUGCAUAUAUCCAGCAGUGACAAAUCUUAGUGUCAUGUAUGGCAUAAAGAUGCAGCUCACUCAAGUUCUAAUGUCCCCAAAGUUUGUGUAAUUUCUGGUGAGCAUUAGCAAGGCAGCAUGCAUAGUAGAAGCAUACAUAGCAGAAAAAUCCAACAUCUUUUUGGGAUGUAAGACUGCAAGGUUAAACACUUGAUUUUUAUUAUCUCUGAGGUCUUGCGUGAAAUAGUACCUGGAUGUGGCGCAUAGCCGGCGGUGAAUUUAAUUUCUUCAAGCAAACAGUUUUAGUGACUUAGAAUAUUCUGGUUGAAUCCUUUUUUUCUCUUACUCAGUGGUCAAAUAAUGUUAGAAUAACGAGGUUGCAAUUUUACCUGGUGGGCAGGAAUGUGUUGUCGAAAGAAAAUAAUUAUUGUGCCUCGUAAUAAUGAAAAGUGUUUCAAACUAAGCUGAUUGUUGUUUAUCUUUAGGACACAGACUAUGUACAAAGCCCAGGCUGAAGCAGAGAAGAUCAAGGUACAAAAACAUUUUUUUUUGCAUGAUAUAGUAAACUACCAUGAAAUUCCUGAAAUUUACUGAUCAUUAAUGGGAUAAAGAGGAAAAAUUACAUACAGUAGUUUUUUUUACAAGGAGUCAUUGAUAAAAGCAGAGCAGAAAAAGUCUCUCUUGUAUUGAAAGGGGUGGCUGGAAUAAAGCUCCAAGUGCUGAUAAUUUGCUACAGGUAGAUUCUCCUCCCAAACUAUAUUGUUUUUGCAGUUAAAACAGAAGGAGAAUUUGAUGUUGUAUCAACAGUCACUAAGGGUUUUCUUCCAUGAGACUCUUCCGUGGGUGGUUAGUGAUACAGUGCAAGAGAAAUCUGGCGGGAAGUGUUGCGAAGAAAAUGCCAUCUCCUUGUUCUGCAAUGCAUUUUUUUUAUAACCACACUAAUAAUCAGCUUUGACUUCUGUCAAAGGUUGUGUUUUCUCUUUAAUGGUUAGCACCUGGUGGUGUUGUUUAAGUUUUAGAACAUUUAGGGCCGUAACUUAAAGCCAGAGGGCCAAGGAUUUACCCUGGCAACUAUAAGCAUGGCCUCUGGCAACUUUCAAGAAGAACCAAAAGAAUUUCCUAGCUGUCGAAUUUCCUGCCUACUAACUACAUAUACAUUUACUGAACAACUUGAAAUCUUAGUGACAGUCCCGACAUGGUGUUAAUAAACAAUUUUCUUCAACAGUUAACAGGUUCCUCGGAGGCUACUGCCAUUGAAGCUAUUGGCAAAGCUGAAGCUGAACGCAUGAGACAGAAGGCUGCAGCUUACAAGAUGUAUGGAGAUGCUGCUAUGACUGCUUUGGUCUUGGAGGCCUUGCCAAAGGUACACUCUUAUUUUCUCUCAGUUGAAUGAAAAAGAGUGACUUUUUUUUAGUAAAAUACAGCAUAGCCUGUGUACAGACACCCCCCCCCUCCCCUAUCCUUGAUUUUUUUUUUGAGGGGAGCGGGCUUCUGUACACAGGCUAAAUACAGCUGAGUUGUAAAAAGUAACCUAAAGUCAAUUCUCUUGUAAAGAAAAUUGACGUCAUUAGACACCUCCCUAAAACGAACUCCUAGAGUUGGUCCCUUCUGUUUUUUGCACAUAUACUGUUGUUCCAAGUAGUUCUCAUCCUAGAGAGAGGUGACUUAAUAUUAUGAAAUAUUUGAUCCCCCCUUGUUUUCAAUAACUGAGUUACCCAAAAGCCAUUUGUUUUGUGUGUUUGUGUUGCAUUUGAUGUGGAUUACUCCAUUUGUGCCCAGAAAUGCACAUAUUCGAUGGCCCUUCAUAUUAGACACAAUAUAAUAUUAGUAUUAUGUGCAACAGAUUUUCUUGUAUUAGGUGAGGAUUAGGGCUAGGGGACACUUUGUUAUGUUUGUCAUAAAGAGCAUGUAUCUUGUUAGCAUUCAUUUCUGGACAUUACUCUAUUAUCGUGCAGUUGUUUUGGCUGUUAAGUAACAUUUUGGAUGGCACCAUAACAACUCAGAAUUUCUUGAUUUUUGUUCCAUAGGUUGCUGCAGAAGUAGCCGCUCCACUCGCCAAGACUGACCAAAUCGUCAUUGUUGGUGACUCUUCUUCAGGCGUUACUAAUGAAGUGUCCAAGCUUGUGAGUCAACUUCCUCCUGCAGUUCAAGCCCUCACAGGAGUUGACUUGAGUGGGGUAAGUGUCACUUGUGUGGCUUGA